UCUAUCUAUAGAGCCUUGCAUUGAAUUCUGUGUGUGUUUUUUCUCACACACCAACUUAUUUCAUCCAUUCACAGCCUCCCUCCAUGUGGAUGAGAACGUGGGAAUAAUUGAAUGAGAUUCAGAAUUCACAGAGAUAAUUUAUUUUAUUUCCCCCACAGAUUCUGUUCUCAGUUUUAUAAAUCCCACAGCAUUUAUCAAUUCAAAGUGUCACACAAUUUCAAGAUGAUUCAUCCAAAAAUUGAUUCAGUAGUGGUGGUAGGAGUGGUGGUGUGUUGCUUCAUCAUCAAUGCUAGUGCCUUCACCGCCUCCGGUUGGACGUCGGCCCACGCCACGUUCUACGGUGGCGCCGACGCCUCGGGAACCAUGGGAGGUGCGUGUGGGUACGGGAAUUUGUACUCGGCCGGGUACGGGACGAGGACGGCGGCGCUGAGCACGGCGCUGUUCAACGACGGGGCGUCGUGUGGGCAGUGCUUCAAGAUCAUGUGUGACUACAAUGCGGACCCUAAGUGGUGCAAGAAGGGGGUGUCGGUGACCGUCACCGCCACCAACUUCUGCCCGCCCAACUUCGAUCUCCCGAGCGACAACGGUGGGUGGUGCAACCCACCGCGCCAGCACUUUGACAUGGCGCAGCCGGCUUGGGAGAAGAUCGGGAUAUAUAGGGGCGGGAUUGUCCCCGUCAUUUACCAGAGGGUUCCAUGCAAGAAGCACGGCGGGGUUCGGUUCACGAUCAAUGGCCGAGACUACUUCGAGCUAGUGCUGAUCAGCAAUGUUGCCAACGGAGGUUCGGUACAAUCGGUCCAAAUUAAAGGCAGCAACACAGGGUGGAUGUCCAUGUCAAGAAAUUGGGGUGCAAAUUGGCAAUCAAACUCAAAAUUAGAUGGACAAUCACUCUCAUUCAAGGUCACAACAAGCGAUGGUAUCACUAAGAUUUUCAACAAUAUUGUGCCAUCUAAUUGGGCUUUUGGUCAGACAUUUUCAAGCCCAACCCAAUUCUAGGCCCAUUAGUACAUUUUGAGGCCCAAAGCUCAAUGCAUUUUGGGCUUUGCUACUCUUAUAAGGCCGUGGCGUGCUUUUAUACAAAAAAAGCAGCCCGCUAAAGGAAUUGAUAUGCAUUUUGGUAAUGGUUAUUGAGAGGAAUGGCAAGAUGAUUGAUCUUCAAAAGAGUUUUUAUAUUUUUGAAACAUAAAUUGGUUUGUAAUUUAAUAUUUAGGCUAUAUACUUUGAUGAAUAAGUCUAAUAAAAGUGUUAACAGUACUAUUUUUCAUCUUGGGCUAGUUUAAUCGUUUGUUCGGCAGAAAAAAAGUAUAUUUGUAAGAAAAAAUGAUUACUAAAAGUAUGAUUUCUAGUGAUGCUUGGAUUAUAA